AACAAUUUAUGUUAAGCGGUCCAAAUACAUUUGAGCUUGGCACACACGGGUACCGUAGUAUCCCGCUUUUACUUUGAAAAUCCCGGUGUCAGAAUCUGAAAAAAACGUCCGUUUCGGUCUGUUUUUUUCCAGUUACUGUUGACCAGGUUUUUACAAUUAAAAUCAAACCGUUUGUAAAUGUUGUUAUUGCUCUUCCACGCUGAAAUAAAAGAAAAAAGGCUCAGUGUAUGACAGGGGGAUAAUUUGUGAAUUAUUUCCAUUUCCGCAUCGUUUAGUUGUCUUCUCUCGCCUUCCGUAGUCCCGGAACCCACGUGGUCAAGCAAAAACAUCAUGGCGGCUGGAUUCAAGACCGCUGAGCCUUUGGAGUACCACAGGAGCUUUCUGAAAGAAAAUUGUCGCCCUGAUGGACGCGAGCUGUCAGAAUUCAGAACCACGACCCUCAACAUUGGGUCCAUCAGUACCGCGGACGGCUCGGCGCUGGUCAAGCUGGGAAACACCACGGUCAUCUGCGGGGUGAAAGCGGAGCUGGCCAACCCCUCCAUGGAGGCGCCCGGCAAAGGCUUCAUCGUGCCCAACGUGGACCUGCCGCCUCUCUGCUCCUCCCAGUUCCGACCCGGUCCGCCGGGCGAGCAGGCCCAGGCCGCCAGUCAGUUCAUGGCCGACGUCAUCGAGAGCUCGGAGAUGCUGCAGACGGAGGAUUUGUGCAUCGAGAGAGGAAAGCUGUGCUGGUGCUUGUACUGUGACAUGAUGUGUCUGGAUCACGACGGCAACCUGCUGGACGCCUGCACGCUCGCCCUGCUGGCCGCGCUCAACAACGCUCGACUCCCAGAGGUGGCGGUCGACGCCGAGACGUGCACGCCGCAGGUGGACCUGGGGAAGAGGCGCCGGCUGAAGAUCGUCAAGCAUCCCGUCGCCGCCUCCUUCUGCGUCUUUGACGACUCCGUGGUCAUGGUGGACCCCACGGCCGAGGAGGAGCGACUGUGCACCUCUCAGAUCACCGUGGUGACGGACGAGGACGGUCGCCUGUGCUCCGUGCACAAACCAGGCGGCACGUCGCUGUCCGGGGAGAAGCUGCAGGAGUUCAUCAAGCGAGCGAGGGCCCGUCAGAGAGAGAUCCAAGAACUGGUCAGGAACGUGACAAAAAGCCUCACACCCGUUUAGUGGUUUUAUAUCUAAAAAGCUGUAUUUUCACUGUCAAUAUAUAAUCUUUUUUUUUUUUUUUUAAUAACAAUAAAACUGCUGCCAAA